UUAAACCUUCAAAUAAAGCAAAGCAUACAUCAGUCCUUGUAAGCAUGUUUCUGGUAUUAAUCUUUAGUAUUUUAGUUGCAGGAACUAGAGGGUUCGAUGCUGAUGCUAUUGUUCAAGCUGCAUGUGCGGCAAGUGCAACCAAUGGUCACUUUGUAUCUGCAAUUCGGAAACCAUGCGGCACAGGACCCUCCUGUAACACCCUUUGUCAGAAUGCUAUCGGCAGUAUGAGAGAUAUCUAUGGAAAUCAAGGAUCAAGCACAGGAAGCUGUUUUCAAGCAUUUCAUUUUUACUACAAGUAUUCUCCUCAAACCCCAGGAAGCACUGGCAAAGCGCAGUUGGCGAUGUACAGAUAUGCAAAUGGUUGCGAUGGCACAUCAUGUGGUCCUAACUUCUGUUGUUGUCAGGCAUAAAUGACUUUGUGAACAAUAUAAUAUUCUUUUCAGAUCCUUAAUAAAAGAGUCAAGUAUCUU